AUGACCAAGUCAGGAAGAAGAAACCCCAUCCUGAAUGUGAAAAGAUGGGUAUGGAUCUUGCUUUCCAUUAUCAUAUCCAUAGCAAUUCUAAUGAGAUUCCUAAAUAAUUCCAAGGCAUCUGACCUACAAAAGAUAUUGCAGAAUUUACCAAAGGAAAUAUCACAAAAUAUCAACAUGGCCACAUCAAACCAAAAACAGGACCAAACUGUUUUGGAUCAAUUCGAAGAAUUAGCAGAGGAAUUGAAACAAAGACAGGACGAACAAACAAAGCAAUUCGCCAAACAACGUAGAAUCCUAGAAAAGAAAAUUAAUGAAUUGAAACCACCAUUAGUGGACGCCACCUUGCGUGAGAAACUGGCCUAUACUUUUGAUUACGACAAUUCAAGAAGAUUCCCCGCCUUUAUUUGGCAAGUUUGGGCAAAUGAUGCUUCGCAUCUAGAUAUCAUGGAAAAGAAGAAAAUUUGGGACGAACAUAACCCAGGUUUCGUUCAUGAAAUAUUAAAUGAUGAUUUAGCUAAAGCUUUAAUAUAUCAUUAUUAUUCUACUAUACCGGAAGUUUUGGAAGCAUACGAGGCUCUACCUUCCAGAAUCUUAAGAGUCGAUUUCUUUAAAUAUUUAAUCCUUUUAGCUAGAGGAGGGAUAUACGCCGAUGUGGAUACAGUCCCCAUUCAACCCAUCCCCAAUUGGAUCCCCGAGGCCGUAAACCUUGGCAAGAUUGGUAUAAUUAUGGGUGUGGAACAUGAUGCUCAAACCCCAGAUUGGAGAUCCAAAUACGUAAGAAGAUUACAAUUUGGUACAUGGAUCAUUCAGUGUAAGAAGGGACAUCCCAUCUUGAGAGAAAUUGUGGCUCAAAUCACAGAAAUGACUUUGAAGAAGAAGGAGGAGCAACAAUUAGAUAUUAAUGUGAGAAAUGAUUUGAACGUAAUGAGUUGGACUGGUUCCGCAUUAUGGACCGAUGUCGUAUUUACUUAUUUUAAUGAUUAUAUGAAGAGUGGAUUGAAUGCUAAAAUUACUUGGAAAAAGUUCCAUAAUAUGAUCUUACCUAAAUUAAUGAGUGACGUAUUGAUCUUCCCAGAAUUCUCAUUUAAUGCUCCAUUAGAAUUUGAUAAAACUGAUUUGAAGAAGAACAUGUAUUUGGUGCACCAUGAAGGUAAUAAAUUUUGGAAGACUGCCCCAAAAGUGGAAAAUAAAUAG